GUCUCGUACAUUAAACGCGACCCUGGGGUCCCGUAUAUAAAACGCGACCCUAGGGUCUCGUAUAUUAAACGCGACCCCUGGGACAAGACAGCCGCUGCAUUUUGUGGCAAGCGCUCGCCCCACAGCCCUCCUGGAUAGCUCUCGUCCCCUCCACACCACUUUGAGACCUCUGAACGACGAUGCGGCCCACGACAACUCUGCGCCAGAACCUUCAUGAAAUCGACGCAAAGGUGCAGGCUCUUCUCGAAAAGAAGGGAGGUGAAGCUUUGAAGAAGAAAGGACUGCAGCAGGAAGAUUGUGCGAAGAUCGUCGCGUUCGCCGCUAAACUAAAGGACCCGCUGGACGGGCAGGACCCGUCGCCUAUACCACCGGGCGGCAAGCUACCCUUUGUUGGUAGUAGGGAGGAAAAUGUUGACCGGUUCGCCGCCGGGAUGAUAACUGGGGGCAAGUUCGAAGACGGUUCGGGCAGAGGUUUUGUACCCCAACAGACAACGGGCGACGGUGCCUGUUUCUUUCAUGGGAUAGCAAACGCCGCCUUUGGGAUGAAGUGCAAGGCAAGGCGGGGCGUCCUUGCCUACGCCCUUCCCAUCCGCCUCGCUUGCCUCAAAACCGCUCUAGCGAACAUGGAGGCCAUGUUGAGCAUGGACGGAUGGGGGUGGUUCUACCGCAGUCUACAACCGUACGACAUGCUGGUGAUGAACAGGGCGUUGGCCAUCGACCUGGAUGUCCCCGCUGAUGGCCUCCUCCCUAUCGAGACCGCCCGCGUGAUGUACCUCUUUGGGGUCCUGGAGUCGGCAGGAGAGCUAAUGUAUACGCAGCAGUUCUGCUACCCUCUCGUCGCGGAGACCCUACAGCUCAACCUCAGAGUGUUCCACCCAGUUUUGUCCGUGAACAGGUUGGCGCACAAUUCGUGGUGCCACCACCUGUUUACGCCAACUAUCGCAUCUCGCCGGGCCCGGUCGGCCACGCCGACCGUGUACUUGGCAAUGUCGCGGUCAGGAGGCAAGCCGGUGAAAAACAUACAGGAGUACGAGCGGGCGCACAGGGUGCCCAUGUCACCGGAUAAGAACGGCCAGCCCAGGCCGGGGUACAGGCACGACUUUCCGGAUUGCCAGCACUUCGUCUACCUCCUCCCUCGCGCCGAUGCAGAGGAAAUGCAGCGCCGUGAGCAAGCGGAGUUGGCGAAGAAGGCGUUGGCGGAGAAGGACGCGGCAGCACGGAAGGCGGCAGCACGGAAGGCGGCAGCGCUAGAGGAGCAGAAGGCAGCGCUAGAGGCGCGACGGCCAGAGGAGAGGAAGCCGAGGGUAGUGUCAGCCUAAGUUCCGGAGAAUCUCCGGGGGGGGGCGAGGCUGACGACCGCAGCGGCGGCAAUGUAGAUGGCAUGAGCAUGGCUGAAGACGAGAAGGCGGAGGGCGAAAGUACAAGAGCGGAGU